AUGCGACCUGCGUUUCCGCCGCCGGUGCACCCGCCGACGGGCCUCUUCACGCCGACGUUGCGUCCGCCGGCGCCCGAGGAGCCUGCGACGAAGCGGCCGUACGUCAUGGAGGACCGCCAUCUGAGCAAGAUGCUCUGGGGCGCUACGGACGACGAGGACGACGAGGCCGCGGUCGCGAUCCAGCCCUGGCGCAUGGGCACGCCCCGCCUCAAGACGAUGGACGUCGCGCUCGUCCUCUGCCUCAACAUUGGCACCGACCCGCCCGACAUCGCCAAGCCGACGCCCUGCGCGCGCAAGGAGUGCUGGGUCGAGCCCUUCUCGAUGCCGGCGCUCAAGGCGCUCGAGACCAUCGGCAAGACGCUGCAGUCGCAGUAUGAGCGCUGGCAGCCACGCGCGCGGUACCGGCAGUCGCUGGACCCGACCGUCGACGAGAUCAAGCAGCUCUGCGUCUCGCUGCGGCGCCACGCCAAGCACGACCGCGUCCUCUUCCACUACAACGGCCACGGCGUGCCCCGCCCGACGCCCAACGGCGAGAUCUGGGUCUUCAACAAGAGCUACACGCAGUACAUCCCGCUGCUCGUGUACGAGCUGCAGGCGUGGGUCGGCACGCCCUCCGUCUACGUCUUCGACUGCUCGGCCGCCGGCACUUUGCUCCAGCACUUUAGCACGGCCACGGACGCCUUCGUGCUCGCGGCCUGCGGCCCGGACGAGAUCCUCCCGAUGCACCCGGACAUGUGCGCCGACGUCUUUACGAGCUGCCUCACGACGCCGAUCACGGUCGCCCUCCGCUGGUUCCUCUCCCAGAACGAGCGCAGCAUGGGGCAUUUGGAGCCAAGCGUGAUCGACCGCAUUCCAGGCAAGCUCACGGACCGCAAGACGCCGCUGGGCGAACUCAACUGGAUCUUCACGGCCAUCACCGACACGAUCGCGUGGAACCUCCUCCCCGCGCCCCUCUUCCAAACCCUCUUCCGCCAGGACCUGCUUGUCGCGUCGCUCUUCCGCAACUUUCUGCUGGCCGAGCGCAUCAUGACGACGCUCGGCUGCACACCGUGCUCGCUGCCCGCGCUGCCCUCGACGGCCCACCACCCGCUCUGGCGCAGCUGGGACCUGGCGGCCGAGACGUGCCUCUCGCAGCUCCAGGCCGUGCUUGCGCGCAUCGGCUGUCUUUGCGCUCGGGAAGCUACGGAACGCGCGCUUUCCACAUGCGCCAAGCGCAUCAUGAUGGUGUGGAUCCUAGGCCACCACCCGUCGCUGGAUCUGCCCAUCGCAAGCGACUGCCUCGUGCCGGCGCUCUCGGACGCGUCGCCCCUCGUGCGCAAGGAAACCAUCUUGGCGCUCGCACACCUCGUGCUGCACCCGCACUACCAGCCGCCCUUUGAGCACCUCGCGCAGCACACGCGCAAGUCGACGGGCUCGGAGGCCGUGCCCGACGCCAUCGCCGGGUUGGGACCACACGCGCCGCACUACGCCAAGGUGUGGCACGCGCUCAAGGAGAUGCAGCAGCACGAUCCGUUCACGCCGCUGCGGCCGCUCGUCAAGAUGAUCGUGUCGCGCGUCAACACGGGCGCCCUCGGGCACACGCUCUCUCCGUCGCACGGCCGACUGCAUCGCGACAACUCGCUCCCGAGCUUGCUCACCACUAGCGGCCGCGUCGUCGCCGGUCGCCCGCCCAAGCCCAGCGUCCUUGCAUCCCAGCACGGAUCGCUCAACAACUUUGGCGGCCUCGAGGCGCCCGUGACCGAGGUCCACCGGCUGCCGGACGCACUCGUGAGCUCUCUGUACCGCUGGGCAUGCGCCAAGUUUAACCGCCCGCUCCUCGAGUCGGUCGACAGCCACGAAGAUGACGAGCUCGACCCGCUGAGCACCCAAGGCGCGGUGCGGCUGGAGCGUCAGCGCCGGAACGCCCGCUGGAAGCUCCUCGCGUCGCAGCUCCGCGUCGAAAAGGAAGAGCAGCUGGCAGGGUACUCGCUCAAUUUGCGCCAGAGCGCGCUCCUCAACACGGACUCGGACAUGACGUCGCUCCUCGUGUUCCACCCGUACGCGAGCUUGCUCGUCGUCGCCGACGCGACCGACCAGCUGAGUGUCUGGAACGUGGACACGAGCGAGCGCUGCCACUCGUUUGCGAAUUUAAACCCGCGCGGGUCUCGCCUCACGGCCGUCGGGUGGAUCAACGAGGACGACCGCGCGCUGCUCUACUGCGCGUCCGACGACGGCGUCGUCAAGCUCUACCACGACGUCGAGACCAAGCCGCAGCUCGCGCUCGCCUUUACGGCCGUGCCGGACCUUCAGCAGGCGGGCUUGCUCUUUGCCGCCGGCAACUCGAGCGUCGUGCGGGGCUGGGACCUCCAGCAAGAGCGCUGCGUCUACCAAGCGCCAACGCAGACGGACUCGUGCGUGACGACCAUGGCGACCGACGAAGCCAUUGGGGGACUUGUCGUCGCGGGCUGCGGCGACGGCACGCUGCGUCUCUACGACCCGCGGGCCAAGUCGGAUGUCAAGGCCAUUUUGCGCGAACAUACGUCGUGGAUCGUGGGCACCCAUUUGUACCCGACCAAGUACGAGCUGCUCUCGGGCAGCGUCACGGGCGAGCUCAAGUUUUGGGAUCUGCGCCACCAAAAGGUGAGCGUCAAGACGCUCGAGGCGCACCGGUCGCCGAUGACGGCGCUCAGCGUUCACAACUACGCGCCGCUCUUUGCGAGUGGGUCGCACAAUCAAUUUAUCAAGGUGUUUCGCCACGACGGCGAGCAAAUGGCGCUCAUCCGGUACCACGAAGGCUUUCUCGGCGAGCGCAUCGGCCCGGUCUCGUGCCUCGCGUUCCACCCGCACCGCCUCCUCCUCGCCGCCGGCGCCACCGACUCGCUCGUCGCUCUCUACUCGGCCGACAAGUCGUAA